AUGCCAGCCUCCCUAACUACAAAGUUUUUAAAUCAAACAUAUGAAAAUCCCCUAAUGAAUGCCUCUGGUGUUCACUGUAUGACCACCAAAGAGCUGGAUGAGCUAGCAGCUUCAAGAGCUGGAGCUUUCAUAACCAAAAGUUCGACCACUUUAGAAAGAGCAGGGAACCCAGAGCCACGUUAUGUGUCUGUUCCAUUAGGUAGUAUUAAUUCCAUGGGUUUACCAAACCAAGGUAUAGAUUACUAUUUGGAAUACGUAUUAGAGCGUCAAAGAACACAUCCAAACGAGCCAGCUAUUUUCUUCUCUGUGGCAGGUAUGAGUAUUGAUGAAAAUAUUAACAUGCUAAGGAAAAUUCAAGAUAGUGAAUUUCAUGGUAUUACUGAACUAAAUCUCUCCUGUCCUAAUGUUCCAGGUAAGCCACAAGUAGCAUACGAUUUUGAUUUGACUAAGGAAAUCUUAGAUAAAGUGUUCCAAUUCUUUAAGAAACCAUUGGGGAUUAAACUACCACCCUAUUUCGAUUUUGCCCAUUUCGAUAUAAUGGCAGGCAUCCUAAACCAAUACCCAUUAGCCUACGUCAACUCUAUAAAUAGUGUUGGUAAUGGUCUUUACAUUGACGUGGAUAAGGAGUCUGUAGUCGUGAAACCUAAGAAUGGGUUUGGUGGUAUUGGUGGUGAAUAUGUGAAGCCCACUGCACUCGCAAACGUUCGUGCCUUUUACACCAGAUUGAAUCCAAGUAUCAAGAUUGUUGGUACAGGUGGUAUUAGAACCGGUAAGGAUGUCUUCGAACAUUUGUUGUGUGGUGCCUCGAUGGUUCAAAUUGGUACUGAGUUGGUGAAGGAAGGUGUUCCAAUUUUUGAACGCUUGGAGAGGGAAUUGAAAGAAGUUAUGGACAAGAAGGGAUAUACCACCAUUGAAGAAUUCCGUGGGAAACUAAACAGUUUAUAG